AUGGAUUCAGGCAAGCAAAUAUCAGACCUAAACCCGACUAGCUUCAGUUGCCUCCCUCGAAAGUCUUACACUCGUUCUUUCACUCAGACUUCCUCCUGCAGUGGUAGUCAUCGGUGCAUAUUGCCUAGAAGCGUAAUCCUCGUGGAUUGGGAGAAGUUUUCGUAUUUAAUAUCUCCACUAGACAUGUCACUCUUCGUAGAACAACGAGACCCACUGAUUUUGAACUUCAAUUUCUCUUUCCGUGGGUACUGGCAGGGAAAGGGUAGUAUACAUAGUAAGUAUGUUGAAUUGGUCCCGCCCCCCCCCUUUUUAUAA